AUGAAUGAUCUUCGAACAAAUGAUUUAAUUAAUAAAUAUAUCGCAAUACAUUUAAAAAAUGGAACUAAAGUUGGGAAAACUAUGAAUGCAUAUUUAAUUUAUCGUAACGAAACCCGCCCGAACAAUAACUCUUUGUGUAAAGAAGUGUCAAAAUUGACAGCCGAAGGUUGGAAAAAUGAACAUGAAGAGGUUAAACACUAUUACAGGGAAAUAGCUGAAAAGAUUAAAGAACGAUAUAAGGAAAUUGCUACUCCUACUUUUAUCAACUCUGGAACCGGAAUCUCGCUAGAAAAAACUCCUCAGAGCAAGGUUCAAAAUUACGAGAAUUUUCUAUCUUGUCCCAAUAAUUACGACAGUUCUCAAUCCAUGAAUAUAGAAAACCCUCCAGACACAAUCACCCUCCCACUUAACAUAAAUCUUCAAGAUUAUCCUCAACCUAUAUUUUCGGAUAUGUGUCAAAAUCCUUCAGAAGGUGCUUAUCUAGAUACAUAUUUUGAUCCUUCACUAUUUAUUAUGGAUCAAAACAUUGCUUAUCCUCAACACAUUAAUAUUGAUCAAAACAUUACUCCUGAUCCUCAACACAUUAAUAUUGAUCAAAACUUUGUUUACCCCGAUCCUCGAUAUAUUAAUAUUAAUCAUAUUUGUCUUCAAUCUGUAUAUACCGAUAGUCCACCUGAUGGACAGUUUUCCGUCUCGCCUACAUACUUUAAUCAUUACCCUUCAUAUUAG